UUUUUGUAGACUGUACGAUUUGUUAUUUGAAUAUUACUUUACUUGGGUUAUAUUAUAACUCUGUUAAUACACUAAAUAUGACUGAACGAGUAAAUUUGGACGUACCCCGUUGGGAUCAAACUCAAUAUUGGGGCCGAGUUAAGUACUUUUUUACCACUACCAAUCCAUUAAAUAUUUUUAAGUCGAAUUUUGAAUUAGAGAGGUGUAAAGAGAUCGUCAACAAUUAUAAAAAAGGUGAUAGUACACCCGAUGGCUUAACAUUAGAAGACAUUUACAAAGCUAAGGAUGUAGUUGACUCAGCAUAUCAUCCUGAGACAGGAGAGAAAAUGAUUAUUUUUGGGAGGAUGUCAGCUCAAGUGCCUAUGAAUAUGCUAAUAACUGGUUGUAUGGUCACAUUUUACAAAACCACACCAGCAGUUAUUUUUUGGCAAUGGUUCAAUCAAUCGUUUAAUGCUUUAGUUAACUACACCAAUCGGAGUGGUACCGCACCUAUGCCUCUUGAUCAAGUAGCUAAGUCUUAUGUAUUAGCUACAAGUGGCGCUUUAGUUACAGCACUCGGUUUAAACAAAUUGGUUAAAAGAUUACCAACUGUUGCUGGCCGUUUUGUACCAUUUGCAGCUGUUGCUGCAGCCAAUUUUAUAAACAUACCUCUUAUGAGAAUUAAAGAGCUGGAUAAUGGAAUUGAAGUGUACGAUGAAAAUAAAAAUCUUCUAGGCGAAUCCAAAUUAGCGGCUAGGCAAGGUAUUACAGCUGUGGUGUUGAGUCGCGUUUUAAUGUCCGCUCCAGGAAUGGUAAUAUCACCAGUAAUAAUGGAAGCAAUAGAACAGAAAGGGCUGUUAAGAAAUAUGAAAUGGGCUCCAGCACCCUUACAAAUUGCGUUAUGUGGAAUCUUUUUGACUUUUGCAACACCGAUGUGCUGUGCAUUAUAUCCACAAGUAUCACCAAUAUCAAUUGACAAACUUGAACCUGAAUUACAGAAAUCAGCAGAAAAGUUCAACUCAAAAAUUGGAUAUUACAAUAAAGGUCUCUAAUAUUCAUUGGUAUAUAUUUAUAUUUUAUACAGGUUAAAAUUAUUGUUAUGAUUAUUGU